UUUAGCAUAGGACGCGUGACAGCGGAUCCCAAUCUCCUCAUCAAACGGACUUCGCGUGUCACUGAAACCACUGCAUAAAGCCAUUGCAGACACUCGGGAUUCUCUCUCUCCAAUUACAUACUAAUACAACAGAGAGAGAGACGCAGAAGAGAGAGAGAGACGCAGAGACCAAAGAAGAUAAGCCCUUUUCUUCAAACAGAAGCGGAAGAAGCGCUUCUGAGGAGAAAAUCCAGCAAUGAAUUUCUAAAUGUGCAAAAGUGAUUGCACUUUUUGGCCUGAGUUUUGUUAUAUGAUAUUGGGUGCUAGAAUUUGUCGAAAGAUCAGAUUGCUCGUCUGUCUUGUAGCUGAAAAUGAAUUGGAACCCGCACAUGGAAGUUCAUUACACCUACACCGGCUGUCCUUAUAGCACGGCGGGUAGCUUUAUGGAGUAUUUUGAAGGUCUUACCUAUGAACAUGUGAACUUUAUUUUUUCAGGCGAUUCACAUGCUCAGGAGAGUGCUUACCCAACAAUGAAUACAAAUUAUUACAAGUUUGGGUUAACUGAACCUGGGAAUACUUCAUAUUAUGAUCUUGGUUUUGGUCAUGCUUAUGAGUUGAAUGAUCCUGACCCAAGAAGUGGUGAACAAAGAAGGCUUUUGCAGAGCUCUUCAACAACGACUAAUGAACAAAAUGUCGCAGUGAAUUCAGAAUGGGAAGGAAAUGCAAACACUUCUACGCGCGACAACCCCAUAGAAUGCCCACGGAGAUAUCAAAAUUCCCAGGAUUAUCAGGUUAUUUGGCAAGACAACAUCGAUCCUGAUAGCAUGACUUACGAGGAAUUACUUGAGUUAAGUGAGGCAGUUGGAACUCAAAGUCGAGGUCUUUCUCAAGAUCAGAUUUCUUUGCUUCCAAUCUCGAAGUACAAAUGCAGCUUUUUCUCGAGAAAGAAAUCACGAGAUGAGAGAUGUGUGAUUUGCCAGAUGGAAUAUAAACGAGGGUACCGACGGAUUAGUCUACCGUGCAAACACCUCUAUCAUGCUGGUUGUGGGACCAGAUGGCUUAGCAUCAACAAGGCUUGCCCAAUAUGUUACACUGAGGUGUUUGCUGAUGCGUCAAAGUGCGAGAAAUAAUCCUGAUGAGCUUAAAAAAGACGAGAGCCUUCAGAGUCUAUGAUUUUUCUUCUUCAAACGUGGCGGUUAUACAGAGAUGUUUGCUUCAUUUUUCCACGUUAUUUGUAGAAGCAUUGUGUUAGCUGUUAUAAUAAAAAUGAAAAUAUUACCAAGUGAAGAAUUCAGAUAAGUAGAUGAUGUGUCGUGGAUUUGUGAGGUGCA